GUUUUCUACAGACCAACAGAUAGUGGUGCUAUUCAGAUGCAUGAUGCCAAUCUUGAUGAAGUAUUAUCUAGCAAUGAAGUAGUCUUUGUAAAUUUUUAUGCAGACUGGUGUCGGUUCAGUCAGAUGCUGCAGCCUAUAUUUGAUGACACUGCCACAAAAGUUGCAAGUGAAUUUUCUCCUGGGAAGGUGGCCUUGGCAAAAGUAGACUGUGAUAAAGAAAGUUCUUUAGCAGCCAGGUAUCAUGUCUCAAAGUAUCCUACUCUCAAACUCUUCCGUAACGGGCAACCAGUGAAGAGAGAAUACAGGGGUCAGAGAUCAAUUGAUGCCUUUACAAAUUUCUUGAAAGAACAAACCAAGGAUGUAAUUAUAGAGCAUGCUAGUAGUGAUGAAUUUGACAAUACGGAGGGUAAAAAGCGAAGAAUCCUGGGAAUGUUCGAGAGUAAGGAUUCUGAAAACUAUAUGACAUUUGCAAGAGUGGCAAAUGGUUUGAGGGAUGACUGUGAAUUCCAUAUUUCAGUUGGGCCAGGGUCUGCUAAAGAUAGGGUAUCUGGGGAUCUUGUCCUUUUCAGAGGACCACAUACUAAAAAUGAAGAUGUUGUGUACACAGGAAUGUUGAAUGAUUAUGAGAUUUUGAAACAGUGGAUAACUGAUAAAUGUAUACCCUUGGUCAGAGAAAUAACUUUUGAAAAUGCUGAGGAAUUAACAGAAGAGGGGUUGCCAUUCCUAAUUUUAUUUCAUGAUCUAGAUGAUAAAGAAACCCCUAGAAUAUACCAAGAGGAAGUAGCAAAACAAAUAAUAAAUGAAAGAAAUAAUGUAAACUUUUUGACAGCUGAUGGUAAAAAGUUUGCUCAUCCACUGCAUCAUCUUGGAAAGAGUGACAAAGAUUUGCCUGUACUUGCCAUUGACAGUUUUAGGCAUAUGUAUGUCUUUCCAUAUGAUGUUAAAACAAGACUGACUGAACCUGGUCUUUUAAAGACUUUCAUAGCAGAUUUACAUUCUGGAAAACUCCACAGAGAAUUUCACCAUGGCCCAGAUCCCACCCCACCGCCUCCAGUGCAAGAGCAGCCAUCCAGUGAAGACCAAGAAGAACAGCCAGCUAACCAUGUGCCAAAAGAACCUCAACAACCAAACCAACCAGCACAGCAUCAGUUUCAGCAAGAACAACCCACAGACCCACCAGAGUCCACAUUCAGAAAACUUGCUCCAUCUAGAAACAGAUACACACUACUUAGGGAUGAGCUGUAGAUUUAUUAAAGGAGUAUCAAAAGAUUAGUUGUAUUUUUUUUAGUGUGCAUGUUUGCAAUGUUAAUCUCCAUCUUUGUCUUUGUCACAGUCAAGUCACUUGCUUCCGUGUAAAGUGAACUGUAAGAUGUGUUAGAUUGCCACCAACUGGGAUAAAAACAAACAAAACAACUACCCUUCGUUGGUAGUUGGUCACUAUAAGUAGCUUUGCUCAGCUAUUCAGAACUGUUAUUAGGGUCUAUUUUAUUGCAUGUACUUUUUAUGAGAUUACAAAUUUUCUUACCUUUUGUCCAGCAGUUGUAUUGAAACCUGGUCUGUAUUCAAAAAGGCAGGUUAAACCAUGACAUUGCCAGAAGUAAUCUGGAUGGCAACAAAAGGUAAUAACGGCCUCUUAUCAAAAGGUCCCACAUAAAUAUUCUGUAGGUUCUUUUUUUUUUUAAUUUUCAAAAGUUCUAUAAAUGCUUGAAAAUGAUACAGUUGAGAAAUGGCUCUAAGUGGUCUAAGUGUGACAAUCCAUACAACAGGCUCUUUUAUGUAUUGUUUAUAUGAAGGUUCCAAUUGGUUUGUUUGUGCACAAUUCCAUUGGUGAGUUAUGUUUUCUGAUAAUUCUGCAUUUGAUAUCAAAAGUUAACUGGUUACUAAGAUAGUAUGUUUUACUGAUAAAAGGGAAUGCUUUAUAUUUUAUGAAAUGCCAUAUUUAUGUGGUGACAGAAAUGGGGAUAUUUAAUCAGACUGCUGAAAUAUUGAGAUGCAUUGGUUGAAGCUUGAGACCAGGUUUUUUAAGGGGGAAAUAUCCCAGGGUGGUUUAUCAAUACAAGUGUUCAACUUUUUGAAGUUGAUAUAUAUCUGUUGUAUCCCUUUUCUGAAUCUUGCAGGUAUUCAUUUUGUCAUGUUAUGAUUUCAUUGUUUUUACUUCCAUUCAUUUGUCAUUACUGUAGCAUUUGCAUAAAGUGUCUAGUUUAUUUACAGUUAUUUGAUUCUUUUUCUUGGAGAUGGGGCCUAUUAUGAUGGAUUUCAUAGGUAUUAUGACAUGAAUAAUAUUUAAGCUUUGAUGGGCACAAUUGUGCUAUUUAAAAACAUCUUUUAAAAAUAUUUUGCUGUAAACAAUGCAGAUCUGCAUUCAGAUAGAAAUAUAUUUCAGUAUUGGGAGUUGGCAAAGACAUACAUCUUUGUAUUUAGAUACAUAUAUUACAGAGCUGUUAAAUGUAGAUUUUUCAUGCAUUUAUACAGAUUAAAUUUCUUAAAUUAAA